AUGAAGCUCAGGCCUGUAGCUCGUCCAUUUGUUUCAUGUCAGAUAAACUCCGGUUCUCAGGCUUUCUUUUGGCACGAUGACUGGACGGGUCUAGGCCCGCUGAGCACCGUUGCGGGGCCAGAUGGUCCACGAGUAUUAGGCAUUUCUUCUACAGCGCGCGUCUCAGAAGUUAUAUCAGGGGAUUCUUGGCUUCUUCCGAGAGGUCGUCACCCGAUUAUUCAGCUUAUUAAGGCUUGUCUUCCCGCCAAUCCUCCUGAUCUGUCAUCGGAUCUUCCUGAUGCCUUUCUUUGGAGGAACAACCCGAAUACAGUACCUGGUCGUUUUUCUGCUUCGAAGACGUGGGAGACCUUACAUCCCUCUCCUCCUACUGUCCCUUGGCACAAGACAAUUUGGUUUAAAACCAGAAUUCCCAGCAUGCCUUUCUAUCGUGGGUGGCAACCCUCAAUAGACUCCCAACGAGAGACAGGCUGCAGCAGUGGGAAUGAAUGUUCCUACAACUUGUCUUCUUUGUAA